ACGAGAUUGACUGACUUCCGGCCAGGCCGUUGUCUGGGUGGUGCGGUCGAGUCAUCGUUGGGCUUCGCCGCUUCCAUCUCCCUUCCCUCCCCCCCCGCCCCGGCGCGGGGGGUCGACCAGCCAAGUGGGGCGGGAGGCGACUCGGACCUAACUCUUCAUUUCGUUCUGGCCUGCUGCCCGGCUACCCGCUCUGGGUCCUCGGGACCCGCGAGGCCCGGUCUGAGGGGCCGGGGCCUACGUGGGCCCGCCGUCGGGCCCCAUGCGGCAUAGCCUGACCAAACUGCUGGCGGCCUCGGGCAGCGACUCCCCAAGCCGCAGCGAGAGCCCUGCGCCGAUCGCGACCUGCUCGCUGCCCCCGGACUUGACCCGGGCGGCAGCGGAGGACGAGGGGACGGCGGCGGCCGGGUCUCCCGGCCGCAAACAGCCUCCCGGCGACGAGGGCGAGUCGGACGCCGGGAGGGGGGGCCGCGGCGUCGUGGCCGCGCGCGCGCCCUCGCCCGAGGAGAUGGAGGAGGAGGCUAUCGCCAGCGUUCCCGGGGAGGAGACGGAGGACAUGGACUUUCUGUCGGGCCUGGAACUGGCGGAUCUGCUGGAUCCCCGGCAACCAGACUGGCAUCUGGAGCCCGGGCUCAACUCGCCCGGGCCUCUCUCCUCGUCCGGCGGAGGCUCGGAUAGCGGCGGCCUGUGGAGAGGGGACGACGACGACGAGGCCGCGGCUGCCGAGAUGCAGCGCUUUUCUGACCUGCUGCAGAGGCUGUUAAACGGCAUCGGAGGCUGCAGCAGCGGCAGUGACAGUGGCGGCGGCGAAAAGAGGCGGAGAAAGUCCCCGGGAGGAGGCGGCGGCAGCAGCGGCAACGACAACGACCAGGCGGCGACAAAGAGUCCCCGGAAGGCGGCGGCGGCUGCUGCCCGUCUCAACCGGCUGAAGAAGAAGGAGUACGUGAUGGGGCUGGAGAGUCGAGUACGGGGUCUGGCAGCCGAGAACCAGGAGCUGCGGGCCGAGAAUCGGGAGCUGGGCAAGCGCGUACAAGCACUGCAGGAGGAGAGUCGCUACCUACGGGCCGUCUUAGCCAACGAGACCGGACUGGCUCGCUUGCUGAGCCGGCUGAGCGGCGUGGGACUGCGGCUGACCACCUCGCUCUUCAGAGACUCGCCCGCCGGUGACCAUGACUACGCUCUGCCCGUGGGAAAGCAGCAGCAGGACGUGCUGGAAGAGGACGACUCAGCCGGAGGAGUGUGUCUUCAUGUGGACAAGGAUAAGGUGUCGGUGGAGUUCUGCUCGGCGUGCGCCCGGAAGGCGUCGUCUUCUCUUAAAAUUUUCUUUUUUAGGUGAUUUCCUUCCUGCCAGGCUCCGUUGUAGGGGUUACAGAACAGUCGUUCCCGCCUCACAACCUGUGGAUACAGCUGUUGGGGCAGAAGAGACGGGACCAGCUGCUGGCCACAUUUCCUGCUUUAUUUUAAAAGGUAGUAUAAGAAAUGAGGAAAAAGAGCUUAGCAGUGUCUGCAAAAACGAAUCUUUUCCUACAACCUGUUAACUGACUGGACUGAUGGUAACAAAGUAAUUGUGGGAGCCAUGUCGGUCAAAAAUUUGGCAUCUGCUGAAAAAAAUGAAUGCCAUUUUCAAGUUCCCAAAUUACUUCUAUACUGAUUUCACUUUCCAGAUUUCACUUUCCAGAAAUGGAGAUAUGAAAAGAUUCUCUGGAAUCCUUGAAAGACUUAAUAGAAAUACAUGAGACAAAGUUAAUUUUGGAACAAAAUUAUACUUUUUUUGUCUUUCAUGGGAGUGAUACUCAGUUCUUUGCAUACCUUUUAAAAAUUGUAACCAUUGGAGAAGAGAAUGAUAGUAUUUCAUCAAGGAAUAUUAGAUUCUUUACAUAAUCAAGCGCACAUUCUGUGGAAUUAGAUUUAGUGGAGUAGAAUUACAUAAACAGGCCAUCAGUGAUCACAGGCAUAUCAUGAGUUUGUAUUUAUUUCCUGGAACAUGAGAACUAAUCUGAAGUACAGACAGACGUUGCUGAGUAGAAUAUAAAAGUUAAUGUAAAGUCUUUAAAGAGUAGUCUUUUUAAAUAGAUGCAUUGAUUUGUCUGUAUAUCUUUGAAAAAUUGAUUAUGAUUAAAUGUGUGGGUAGUUAAUUGCGAUUCAGGGUAAUGCCAAGAUGUGUGGAUUCUGAGAUUUUUGGCUUCUUGAGCUUUCUCCGAGGACUUAUUAAAAAUAUUUUGAGGUUUCUAA